UGAGCGAGAGAGAGGGAGAGAGAAUUAGAUAGAGAGUAAGAGAGAGGUCAUGGUGAGGGCACAAGCGCACAGGAAAACUUAGUUUGCUUCUCUUCUUUAACAGCAAAAGUAGGCUGCUGUAACGGAGAAUGUCAAUUUCCAUAUGGAAUUUCGUAUCUGCGGCUUCGGCUUCAUCUUCUCAAAGGCUGAACAGGUGUCAUAUUUUACUGCGUUCACUUGCUGAAGGGGUGUUGACAGAGUUGUCUUGGAGUCCCUCUAUUCUUUCAAUCCAUCUCUCAUAAACCUGAUCUCCCUCCUACUACCUCAUCCCUCCCUCUCUCCUCCUCAACUAUCAUCACUCCAUCUCUUUCAUUAAUCCUCCAUCGCUCUCCUCCUCACCCUCUCUGAGGGUUAUGGAGGACCCGGAACCCCCUUAUGUGGCGGAUGGUCCGUCCCUGCUCUGGCAGCCUGAAAAGAGGCGAAGCAGGAAGUCAGGAUGUUCCAACAUCUUCGCGGGGGUGAACCUGCGUCAGCUGAGACGGCUGUUCCAAGUGGCCGGGGAUCGGGACGCAGAGCAGCGGGCAAGACUGGUGUGGGGUGGAGGAGAGCGAGACGGAGGGAGAGAGGGAGGAGAGGAGGAGAGGGAGGAGGGGGAGAUGGAUGCAGGGCUUGCCCGGGCAUUGGUGGGGUUCAGGGUGAGAGCCAGAAGCAGGAGUGGUAUCAGGAUGGAGGGACACAGAGAACCCAAGUUUCUGAAAGCAUUCGGACACCUCAGGAUUAAGGAGGGUUUGGACCACCCUGAGGAGGACGAUGAAGAGGGGGACCCCAGUGAUAUCGGAGAGCUGGAACCCCUCCCCGGAGGGUCGACGGGUGCAGAGGGGGGCGCCCCAUUGACAGACGCACUGAGGCCCUCAGAGAGACCCCAUCUGGGGAGGCUGGGGGCCGCGACGAGGCAGGAGAGGACCAAGGACCCAGAACACUACCUCCAUCGCGUUCUCCACUGACUCCGACUUCUCCAAAGCUGCUCUGUGAUUGGUCCGUUUUCCAUUCCCACCAAUCAGAGUUAGGUGUCGUUCAAUACAGAUGUGUGUUAGAGUUGAAUGAAGGACGUUUUCGACCACUCUGUCAACCUAACCUUCCUUGUUGAGGCGUUGUCACUGUAACCAAAGGAAGGGAGAGAACUGCAGCAUCACAAUGACUGCUUGAGAGCAUCAUCAAUCCUGCUCAGUCACUGUUCACUGACUGGUCAGAGCAGACAGACUGAUCUACAACACUAUCGGCAGGUGACUAUGGCCGUGUUCGAGAGCAUCAAAACGACUGCAGGCGACUGCCCAAAUCUACAAACCACCUUGCAUCAUUAUAACAACUCAUUAUUAUUUGUAGAUCCGUCAGUCAGUCAGUCACAAUUUACCCAUGAUACAUUGCGGUUUUGAUCCUCUCGAAUGCGGCCUGUGUGUGGUCCAAAAAUCCCAAAGGCAUGGACUUCGUAGAAAAGCCAGUAACACUAGAAAUUGUUCUCUAUAACAAAGCUAUACCUGGAAGAUAGCCUACCACUAGAUCUGAAAGGACUUGGAUAGGUGUUAACAACAUGGUAAGACAUUUACAGAGCAUUAACUGGGAUGAUGAUGAUGCGUUUUGCAUCAUAUGAUGUCAAACACAUGACAGUUAUCACUCUGUACUGAAAGUGGUCCAACACUGGACUAAUGAACAAAACUAAGAUUUAGUUUGAGUGAACUAUCCGUUUAUCAUGCAAAUCUGUCAAAGUAAACUUGCAUAUAUGUAUUUGUGUGCAUAUGUUUGCCUGACAAAUGUGAAUGUCCUCACCAAAUAAAGUGGGGGGGAAUUAAGAAAGUAUUCUCUCUCAAUAAAACACAUUUAUCAAGACAAACGACAAGAUACAUGGUAUUAAUGUAAUACAGUUUUGUUAUAAUCUUUCAUUAAAUAUAUUACAUACAAAUUA